AUGACCGAGAGUACCACAAAGGAAAACAACGUAGUCUCAUCACGAUCCAUAUUGAAGUGGAUUUACCUUUUGGCAACUUUCUUGAGCCUCUUCAUGGUUGGAUGGAUCCUCGUGUAUCCGUCAUCAUGGUUGAUGGGUCAUUCCGAGCAACAUGAUGAUUGGAUCAACAAGACACUUGUGGAACCCUACGAUGGAACGCAAAUUCACCCCAAGGUUGUCACCAAGUAUAAAGGCCAUCCAGACGUACAAUUCACCCACACCCUACCCGCUGCAAUUUGGUCGGCUGCCAUUCCAUUUCAGCUGCAUGAAGGCUUUCGAAAGACAUACAAAACCUCACACCGAAGAGCUGGCUACGCCUUUCUAGGCAGCUCUCUUCUAAUGACUGUGGGUAUGUUCCUGAUAGUGAUCAAGAAAUUGACAUUCGACUACGAUUACGAAGGUCUGGCGCCACCAUUAUCAAAAUUUGAAGAAAUACAAACCAAGGCCACAAUUUUGGGCAUGGGGCUAUGGUUUGCAUUCACUUCGUCGAUGGCAGUCACGGAGGCUAGAAAGAAAAGAUUCCAGUCCCACAAGCACUAUAUUUAUCGGCAUGUUGGAAGUGGACUAUGGGUAGCAAUUCAAAGGUUAUUGAUUCCAGUAUUUGGUCCUCAGAAGAAUCCGGAAGCCAUGCGGGACCGCUUUGGUGAUGCUGCUUUUAUUGGGUUUGUAUUAUCUUUUUCUCUGGGUGAGCUGGCUGUGUACUUGGAUCGUCAGACGACUGGAAAACAGAUCAAGACGCAAUAG